UUAAAUAAAAUAAGCUGGUGGACAUCAAUCGUAAAUUUUCUCUCUCCUCUGAAAUCAAUGGAUUCCGACGUAGUUAUGGUUCCCGCCGGCGAAGGUUCCAGCGCCGCCGGCCCUUCUUCCAAGAAACCCAAACGUUUCGAGAUCAAAAAGUGGAACGCCGUCGCUCUUUGGGCUUGGGAUAUUGUUGUCGACAAUUGUGCUAUUUGUCGUAAUCAUAUUAUGGAUCUUUGUAUUGAAUGCCAAGCUAAUCAAGCUAGCGCUACGAGUGAGGAGUGCACUGUUGCCUGGGGUGUCUGCAACCAUGCCUUCCAUUUCCACUGCAUCAGCCGUUGGUUAAAAACUCGACAAGUCUGCCCGUUAGAUAAUAGUGAGUGGGAGUUUCAGAAAUAUGGCCAUUAGUUUUGGUUAUGCAGAAUAUGUACAGCAGCUUUCUUUAGCUCAUUUGGGGAUGGUCAGUGGAUAUUUUGUGAAAAAAAAAUCCGGUUUCAGCAAAUUGCCUUUUUUUUUUUUUUCCCCGCGGUUAAAGUUGUGAAGAAUGUCCUAAUGUUUCCCAAGUUGCAUUGAAGUCUUGAGAUUACAUGCUCUGGAUAAGCACUUGAUUAUCUGUGUAACCCUUGAAUCUGAAAUUAGAUUGUUUCUACUUAUGGAUAAACGAUUCCCAUGCUAUCCUUGAAAAGCUGCUACAUUUUCUUUCAUUCUAUGU